AUAACACUCGACGUGUCCUGGGUUCUAGAGCCACGAAGCGUGAAAAGAUGGCGACCUCCAGCUCCAGCUUGUUCUUCGAAUCUCUUGCAUCUUCUUCAGUCUGUGAUCUAAAAGCUUUGGGAUCGACAAGUUUCUUUAUUAUCAGGCGUUUCUAAAUGUAUGGCUGAAGAAUUUUUCCCUGGAAUAACUAGAAGGUGUUGGAGCUUGAAGCUACAGUUUUGGUUAUAAUUUAAGCUUUAGUUUAUCCAAUUUUGUUUAUAUUUCCUGAUGUCUGAAAUUGAUGCAGCGAUGCCUAGAACUAAGAAAUCUAUUGAAAACACUGGAUUUAAAACAAUUGAGACGAUUGGAAGACUUGUAUUGCACGUAGUACUGCGAUUUUGGAGAGCUUGCAGUGCUGCCAUGUUAACUCUUCUGCUUUUGUACUGGCUGUAUGGAGGAGUGGUGAGCUUCCUAUUGUUAAUGGCAGCCGUGUUUGGGGCCUUGUACCAUUAUCAAGACACUUUGCUGUACUUUCCAGAUCAACCUGUUACAUCAAGAGUUUUUGUUCAGAACCCAGCUGUGCUGGGUUUGCCAUUUGAGAAUUUGUAUAUCAAGACACAAGAUGGUGUUAGUAUCAAUGCUAUAUUUAUCAAACAGCCCCCUCAGUUUCAGAGUUCUGUUCCUACUGUUUUGUUUUUCCAUGGAAAUGCUGGAAACGUUGGCCAUAGACUGACAAAUGCAAGAAGCUGGCAUAGCUACUGUGGCUGUAAUGUGUUUCUGGUGGAGUACAGAGGAUACGGGAAGAGUGAGGGCUCUCCCAGCGAACAAGGGUUUGAGCUGGAUUCAGAGGCUGCUUUGUCUUAUCUGUUGUCUCGAACUGAUAUCGACACUAAUAAGAUAGUCAUAUUUGGACGUUCAUUGGGAGGAGCGGUUGCCAUUGCUCUGGCAUCAAAUGAACUUUACAUGGAUAAAGCAUUUGCCCUGAUUGUGGAGAAUACUUUUACCAGCAUCCCAAGCAUGGCUAAUCAACUUGUCAAUGGACUUGGCAGACUACCUUACUUUUGCUUCAGAAAUAAGUUUGAUUCCCUGAAGAAGAUUCGGAAAGCAAGAGUUCCAACCCUUUUCCUGUCAGGACUGGCUGAUCAACUUAUCCCCCCAAGAAUGAUGACCAGUCUAUACAAGACAUCAGGAUCUUGUCUGAAGAAGCUGGACUGCUUUGAUCAUGGUACUCACAAUGAAACAUGGCAGUGCUAUGGAUAUUUUGAUGCAAUUACAAGAUUCUUAUGCGAGGUUCACCAAGCGAGAGAAGCUGGUGUCAUUGGACCACCAAUAUCAAAAGAGAACACUGGCAUAUCUGGAGCUGCCAAACCAGCUGUUCUCAAUGUACACAGCCAUACUGAAGAUAUUUAAUUUAAUCUUAAUAAUGGAGAAAAUAUUGUAUUCCUGUAAAAGAAAUGUCAAUGGAAGAAGUACAGUUAGGUUAUUUAUUACAUGAUGCUCGGCUGUCCGUAACUUGGCAAGAGUACCGUCCCUUCUUUGGAAGAUUCAAUUGUUUCAGAAGUGUGCUAUAUGUAUAAUACUGUAGGUUGACCAAAGUUUAUUUUGACUGCCAAGCAGUCCCUAUUUCGGGAUGAACUUAUCCGAGUGUGACUGUUGAAGAGCUUGUGUAGCGUGUUUGAAAGAGCUCAGUCACGGUAUCAUUUGAGUUAUUUUGGCCGCGUGCAAAAUCACCUUCAAAUUGAAAGAAA